AUGUCAAUUGAGUGGUGCAACAUCUUCCAAGUCACCAUUAAGCUUCCACAUGAGCCAUUCGAGAUGCCAAUGACGAUUUCAUCGGCCGAGCAGGUGCAAGACCUCCGCCAGUCCAUCAUCGAGAUGCCGCACACAUUCCAGUACUCGUGUUUCCACCUGGAGCAUGAGGGGAAGCGGAUCAACGACUAUGUCGAACUUUCCGAAGUCCAGGGACUCAAGGCCGACUCGGUAUUGACUCUGGUGGAGGACCCAUACACGGAGAAGGAGGCGAGACUACAUGUCAUUCGCGUGCGGGAGCUCAUCGGCGCUGCUGGUGAUCGUACCGAUGCGCUGCACGGUAUAAUGGCUGGCCUGUCACUGCACGACACUGUGGGACACGAGCAAAUAUUGAAGCCGAAGCAGGACGGUCCCGAGCAGACGCCGGUGACUGACUACGACUUCAAGGCAGCAUCGGUAAAGACUUUGCUGCCUCCUGCUCCAGAGACUGCGCCCAAGACGAUCAAAUCCAUUGCUGUUUCGCCAUGGAAUCCCCCUCCAUACCACCUCCGCUCCAAGGGCCACCUCUUGUAUCUGGUAGUCACCACCAACGAGAACGAGCAACAUCACAUCACCGCGCACGUCUCCGGUUUCUACGUCAACAAGUCGUCAAAUGCCAGCUUCGACCCUUCGCCACGACAGGCCCCCAAGGCGAAGCACGCGCACUCGCUCCUGACUCUUCUCGAGGAGCUGUCGCCGUCUUUCCGCACUACCUUCCAGGAAUUGCUGGAGCACAAUGCGAAGAAGGAGCUGCUUACCAUUUUCCAGCUCUCAAACGCCAUCCCCGCGAACCCCUGGUUGGUUCCCGCACCCACUUCAGCCCUAACCCCACACCAGCCUGAUCUCGCGCGGACGCAGGAGAGCUACCUGAUAUCGGGCGUUGAAAACACCGAAACUCUGCGUGACUGGAAUGAGGAGUUCCAGUCGACCCGGGAGAUGCCAAAGGAGGCUGUCCACGACCGUGUAUUCCGCGAACGCCUCACGUCGAAGCUGUUUGCCGACUACAAUGACGCAGCAACUCGCGGCGCCAUGUUGGUUGCCCGUGGCGAGAUUGCGCCUCUGAAUCCUACAGAGGCCAAGGAUGCGCAGAUUUUCGUUUACAACAACAUCUUCUACUCGUUUGGUGCUGACGGUGUCGGUACAUUCGGCGCAGAGGGUGGCGACGAGGCUGCGCGUGUGGCUGUGGGCAAGGACGUCUUUGGUGUGCGCGCCGUCAACAACCUCGACAUCCAGAACCUCUUUACUUCUGGAACCGUUGUUGUAGACUACCAGGGAAAGCGUAUUGUUGGCCAGAGUAUAGUACCUGGUAUCUUCAAGCAGCGCGACCCUGGAGAGCACCAGAUUGACUACGGUGCGGUGGAGGGCAAGGAGAUUGUGGCCGACGACAAGUCAUUCGUCCCGCUGUUUGAGCAACUCUCCAAGGCACUACGCGUGAAGAAGCAUCCUGUCUGGGACAAGGACAACGUCCGCCACGAGCUGGAGGGAAGUGUCGAGACCAAGGGCUUGAUUGGCACAGACGGUAGGCGGUAUGCUCUGGACCUCUACCGCCUGACUCCCCUUGAUAUCUCGUGGAUAGAGGCACACUGGACCGAGCCCACCGAGGACGGCGAAUCAAAGCCAAAGGACAAGGACUACCCCCACCGCAUGGCGACUCUCCGUCCAGAGCUCGUAGAGUCCUACUACAGGAUCAAGCUGCGAGAGUACGUCAAGAACGAACUCGCCAAGAAGAAGGAGGCUAAGGAGGCCAAAGACGCCAAGGAGAAGGAGGAGAGCUCCGAAGAAUCUGAUGAGUCCUCCGAGGACGAAGAAGAGUCUGAAGAGAAGCCCAAGGCCAAGAAGCUUACCAGUGCAGAGAAAAAGGCUGCAAAGAUUGCCAAGAAGGCUGAGGAGGACCCUGAGCAGGAACGUGUCGACAUCUCGGGCUUCUCGUUUGCACUCAACCCUGAUGUGUUCUCUGGCCAGAACCCGCAAUCAGACGAGGACAAGAAGGAGUGGGCUCAGGAUGAGGCAGAGGUUCGCGCUGCCUGUGAGCACCUUACGGCCGAGGUCAUUCCCCGCUUGAUGCAGGAGAUCAAGGAGGGCGAUGUUGGCUUCCCCAUGGACGGUCAGUCCCUGAGCAGCCUGUUGCACAAGCGCGGUGUAAAUAUCCGCUACCUUGGAAAGCUUGCUGAACUUGCCGACAAGCCCGAACCAAGGCUUCAGGCUCUUAAGCGUCUGGUAGUCCAGGAGAUGAUUGCACGUGGCUUCAAGCACUUUGCCAACUCGAAGCUUCGCAACGUGUCUGCACCAUUCGCCGCGCCAGCUGCCGCACACCUCCUCAACUGCCUGCUCGGUGCUGAAGUGAGCGCCAAGCCUGUUGCUGAGUGCGACAACAGCCUCAAGGCAAUGUAUCCCGAUGACGACUUUAGCUUCGAGAAGCUCACCCCUGAGUUGUUGACGAAGGAGGUUGUCGACCAGGUCGCCCUACGAUUUAGGUUCGACUUGGGCGAGUCGUGGAUUGAACCUGGCAAGGAGCUCCAGAUGCUUCGUGAGGUCUCCCUCAAGCUGGGUCUGCAAUUGGAGAGCAAGCAAUACGCCUUUACCAAGGAGGCCUUGGCCAGCAGUACUCCCGCCGAGAAGCCUGCCGCUCCCCAGACCAACGGCCACAGCACUUCGAGCAAGAAGAAGAAGAACAAGACGACGCCGCCAGUUCGCGCUGCUAGCCCAACCGUCACCCUUGCUCCUCAGACGUUCCACGCCGACGACAUCCUAAACAUUGUCCCUAUCAUCAAGGAGGCUUCGCCCAAGAGCUUGUUGGCUGAAGAGGCACUCGAGGCUGGCCGCAUGUCCCUGGCCCAGGACCAAAAGGAACUUGGUCAGGAACUCCUCCUUGAGUCUCUGCAGCUACACGAGCAAAUCUACGGCGUGCUCCACCCCGAGGUAGCCAAGGCUUACCACACCCUGUCGAACCUACUCUUCAACCUGGACGACAAGGUCUCGGCGCUUGAAUUGGCCCACAAGGCUGUCAUUGUCUCCGAGCGCACGCUUGGUGUUGACCAUGCCGACACGGUGCUUGCCUACCUCAACCUUGGACUAUUCGAGCAUGCCUCGGGUAACACCAAGGCUGCUCUCACCUACCUGCGUCAUGCGCUUGAGCUUUGGAAGAUCAUCUACGGCCCCGGCCACCCCGACUGUGUCACAACAAUCAGCAAUGCCGCCGUCAUGUUGCAGUCACUACCUCAAUACCACGAAUCCCGUCUGUGGUUUGAAGCGGCCCUUGCCAUCCAUGAAGAGCUUUUUGACCGGAAAUCAAUCAGCACAGCCAACAUGCUCUUCCAGACUGCCCAGGCCGUCGCUUUCGACAAGGACAUGCGUGGUGGUGUCAACCGCAUGCGCGAGUCGUACAAUGUCUUCAAGGAGGUGCUUGGACCAGACCACAGCACCACGAAGGAAGCUGAGGGCUGGCUCGAGCAGCUCAUCCACAGUGCUGUGAACCAACUCAAGGCUGCACAACUCCCUUCAAAUGCCAAGGGACGCGUUCGCAUGCAACUCCCUGCCACGAGCAGUACCGCCGCCUCUAGUAGCCAACGGGGCGCAGUUGACCAGCGCAAGAUUGAGGACCUUCUCAAGUACAUUGAGGGAGAGACGCAGAAGACGCCUUCCUCGAAGAAGAAGACGCAGACAAACCCCAGGAAGAGGACACACUAGUUUGGAUGCUAGUGUAGUCCCAUUUUAUCGCCUUCUGAAGCCGUUGCGCUUCUGCAUGAUCUUUGGCGUGGUUGCAUUAUUGGAGUUUUGGUUCGGGCACGCGGACGGUUACGUACCGGUCGCUACAGGAUAGAUCGACCGGACGGACAGGAAAAGCAGGGUGUAUAUGACUGGCUGGUAGAUACCGGGUAACAUAUGGAUGAUGAAUGACUGUACUGAUAUCAAUGCAAUAUCUCCUCUUCAA